GCGCGGGCAGCGAGCACGCACGCAGCCUCCGUCAGCCGCGACCGAGCCUGACUCAUUACACGCGGAACCAGUCGCUCGCGCGCGCAACCCAUCACGCGGACCUGGGGACUUACGCUACUGCGCUCACAACAAGUUGCUUACCAGCGUUGACGUAUAGCGCGGGAAAUACCUACCUUGAGAAAUUAAAUCUCAGCUGAUGUUGACAAGCGGCCACAUACGACCGUGUGCUUCUGAGAACGCCGGCCGGAACCUUUGACACGAAUGCCUGAGAUUUCGGCCAGAUUCGCGCUCGACUCAGUGAAGUUUGUGACUCAUCUAAAAUGACGAAAGUUAAGUUGAAGCAGAACUCUCCAAGGUCUGUUGCUAAACUAGUGCGUUAAGUAAAUCGAGGAAAAUAUUUCUUUAUAAAUAAAGUAAUCGCCGAAGCGCGCAAAAGGACGUUGUGUUGUAUGAGUGUAAGCCCAUAAGUAACUACGUAAUUUUGUGAAUCGUAUGAUGCCUAAAGGGGAAAACAACAAAACAUUAUUUGUAAUAAGGAAUAAAGAGCCGCUCGCCCGACAUCGAAGACUGAACAUUAGGAAUACAAAUCGAGAUCCAAAGAGAAACUAAUCAAUUAUUUAACAAAUACACGGAAACGAACGUACUGCAUCGUCGAGUUUCACUUUAUAUUAAUAAGCAUUUAUUAGCGAUACGAGCUUGGAAUAAAUUAAUUCUAAUAUCAUAACAAGGACGAGACGUGAAUUCAUAAACAGUGGGAAAACUUGUGAUGUUGUGAUAGUUCUUAUUGGAGAGUAUCAAAGUCGGUGGCCUUGUGAGAGGAAAGGUGACAGUUUGUAUAGUGCUUCAUCCAUUGCUGGGUCAGUACAUUAGUCAAGUAGAGAAGGGGUAGCUGUGGCGGCGUGUGAUGUUGUGAAGGAUGCACUUGCCGUUCGAGACCCGGGGCCGGCGGCGCCGAGACAUGGCCGAUCUGGAGCCGUGGUGGAUGCAGAACAUCAUCGAGGAGACAAGGGCAGAACAUCCUGACCUAGUACCGACCGGCAGUCCGGACUACAUGUGCUCUAUGCUGCCGCAGCACUGGCGGUCCAACAAGACGCUGCCGGGCGGGUUCAAGGUGGUCGCGCUCAGUGACGUCCUGGACGGCACGCUAGUGACAGUGAUGGCCGGUAACGACGAGAACUGCUGUGCCGAACUUAGAAACAACUCAACUGUCAUGAAGAACAGAGUCGCCAAGUUCAACGACCUGAGGUUCGUCGGCAGAAGCGGAAGAGGCAAGAGUUUUUCGUUAACCAUUACUAUAUCAACGAGUCCCCCUCAAGUAGCGACAUACCAAAAGGCAAUCAAGGUGACCGUUGACGGCCCGCGGGAACCACGAUCUAAAACGAGUACGAAUGCGUCCCCUCAUCCAAUAAGGACGUUCAGUUUCCAGCGCACGCUGAUAGACUCGCAGUUGGCGCUGAGGGACAUGGAGUAUAAGACCUCCCCGGUCAGAAGUAUGCGCUCCUUGUCACACGAAGACAGGGAGUACAAGACGAACGCCAAUCUACAGGCAGGCGAAAGCCUUGGCAACAUCACCGGGGCGGCGGAGUGGAACACCGGGUACCCUUCCUCCGCGACCGUCUACCCGGCGUAUGGACCCCUUCAGCCGCCCUACUACAAACCGGACCCAACCAUACACAUACCUACUGUGUUACCAGCUGAAAUACCUCUCGGGCACGCGGACUACGGCGGCUUCCAGACCAGCUCUUCGGGCUUCGUGAAGGGCAGCCCAAACACCGGGUCCGCGCUCACAGACCUGAACGCGUCCACUGUGCCUACGCAACGCUACGACCCCAACUACUACAACACCUGGCCUGCCAACACAUAUAACUACAACAACUACCAAUACAACAAUAUAAAUAACAACCCCGCCUGUUUACAGUCCCACGCGCCCUACAUAAACCCUAACCCCACGCAAAUGUUAUUGCCCAAUCUUUACUCCACCGUCAACCAGAAUCAAAUCCACGUCCAUCUGCACAGCUCCGCGGAAAAACAUAGUUUAGAUCAGUACAUGCAAAGCGAGAUAAAGAUUAGCGAUAUAGACGGUGGCAUAUCCAUUACCACGGAACUACAAGGCGCGGGUGAGAACAGUGGCCUUGUCCAAACUUGUGAUACGACAGACGAAGGAAAACACGGCCUAUACGGCCCUGCCAGCCAAGAAGUAUGGAGACCAUAUUGACGACUGGCAAACAAUGAAAACUACCCCAUUGUACAUAUUGUGAUAUAGAAAUAAAUAUUAUUGUAAACAAUCCUGAUUUAUAUUAGAUAAUUGUAUAGAAAUAUUAAUGUUAAACAUUAAUUGUUAUGUUUAAGUGUUACGUAC